UAUUGGAUGUGUAUUAGAAUCACAAUGGCUGUGUAUUCCAUCAAUUAAUGGAGAAAUAUUCGGGGAUAAUGUAAGAAAAACGACAGCUUCAUUACGGGUGACACCGAAAAACGAUCAAGCUGGCUUGUAUUUACAGAUAUUGUAACCCUUUAGUGGCCUUUAGUGGAGUAACAGGGGAAAAUAUUGUUGAAAAGGGUGAAAUAGUGAACAUGGCGACCAUUGGGAUUGCAGAUGUGUGCGAGGAUAGCACAGCCGAUGAUGCGCCAACAAACAACGUUUCAAAUGACGAUGAAGAGGAAAGAGACAAUGUUGAGGACGACGAUGAUGAUGACCAGGAGGAUGAGGAUUGUGAGAUAACACCUCUCGAAAAUAGACGAAUCUUUGAAAGAAAUGACAGCGGAACGAGUUUCAGUAGUUUGAUUUCACAGAAUUCAGUUAACACAAAACCGAUUCAGGGACCGCGUUAUAAAUUAAUUAAUGAAGGAGAUAUCCCAAUUUGUAGAUUAAAUCACACACGAACGAUUGUCAGUAAGAUCAUGAACUCCAGAUAUUUAAGAAGGUGGGAAGUUCACAAAAUUUAUCUGGACAAAACAGAGAUAUGUUCGGCCACGCCUACAGGAAUGAUGGAUAGUUCUGUUCUGUAUUCUAGUAUUGAGGAUGUUCAUAUUGUAUCCAGAUGGAACGCUGGCCAAAAAUUCUGUAUACGAAUCACAAUACCUGACGGAUCGUUGUUGAUGCAGGUUUGUACAAAUGCACACAAUUCCUACUUAAGAGAUCAGUGGUUACACUCUAUACUGUGGAAGCGUCAUAUGUACAAAUAUGAGAAGAUUUUAAAGAGUGCAAGGAGACCAGAAGUUUUAUUAAAAGAAAUUAAGAAUAUGAUUGAUGUAUCUUUAACUACAAAUAUACAGGAUGCCAGUAUCUACCAGUUUCCUUUAGAUCUGGUCUCAGAUCUGUUACAGCAGAAUGCAGACUUCAUCACGAGAGUUGCUCAUGAAAACAUUAUUGUUGCCUUGGCACCAUUACUGGAGAAUAACCACCCAACACAGGAAAUUUGUGACUUCUUCAGUAAACAUUGUAAAAACAGUCCUAGAUCAAGUAUAGUGAUAGAACUGUUCACACCAGUAGUAACAAGAAUACUAAAACAUAACACAGAUUUUGGAAAAUUUCCAAGAAUGAGGGGAUUUGUGCAAGAAUACAUUUUGGCAUUGAAUUGUCAAAAUGAUGGUUUCAAUGUGGUGCAGAAUUUUAUAAGAUGCAUGCAUGGUCCAGCAUUAGUUUGUCCACAUCCAAGAGUGUUACCUAAUCUGGUUGCUGUAUGCCUGGCAGCUGUUUACAGUUCAUUUGAGGACAAGAAAUUAGCCAUGCAGAAUAAUACACUUAUUCCAUCAUUUGACCAGCAGGAAUGGGAGAAAAGACUUAGACUAUAUGUAGGAAUGUUGACAACAAUGUCAACAUUUGAAGACUGGAGACACAUACUUGGGAGUUUACUUCAACCCAUUCCAUUUCCAAAUGAUGCUAUUGUGGAUGAAACCUUCACAUCAAAAAUGAAAGAUGUGAUGCAUAAUAUAGCCUCCGACACACACUGUGAUGUACACUCGACGAUUCUUGGAAUACGUGAGGGAAAAGAGGGGUGGUUCCACCUUUAUAUACCCGGUAGUAUUGGCUGUGAUGAUGAAGGAGAACUCUGGGGAGUUAUGCUGAAAACACUGAUACAUUGUUGUGGAAGAAGAAAGAAGUUCCUACAAGGAUUAAACAAAAUGUUAGGACCAGUAAUGUUGCUGGCUUUACGGGAAAAUGAAGCUGCUAUGGAGGUUUUAUGUGCAAUGUUAGAAAUGGAUGUAGUAGAGAACAAUGAUAUGAAGAUGCAGAUAGUAACAACUCUACAGAGUACCAGUACAGGAAAGAGACUGUAUGCUCAGCUUUGUGACAGACAGAUAGCUCUCAGGGAACUGCAACAGAAAGGUGGACCAAAAAAGUUGACACUGCCCUCUAAAUCAACAGACGCAGACCUUGCCAAAAUGUUGAGUUCUGGAUCAUUUGGAAACCUGGAAUGUUUGAGUUUGGCUUUCACCCAUGUAACUAGUGCCUGUGCUGAUGAUCUCAUCAAACUGCCAUCUUUACGCUACCUGAAUUUAUGGUCAACACAGUUUGGAGAUAAUGGACUACAGUUGAUAUCAGAGUAUCUGCAGAAACUACAGGUCCUAAACUUAUGUGAAACACCAGUAACCGAUAAAGGGCUUGUCUGCUUGUCGUCUCUCAAAAACCUAAGGAAGUUGAAUUUAAACAGUACAAGUCUGUCAGCACUUACAUUUGAAGGAUUAAAGGAGAAACUACCAGCAUUACAGGAGUGUGACGUACGUUAUACUGAUGCCUGGUAGAUGGAGCAGAGAUGUCUUGUUUUGUUUAUAUGUAGUGUCAUUGUUCCCAAGGAAUUAAAACACAUUUAUUGGAGACAUUAUCUUCAACUUACAAAGCUUUCAAAUGAAUAGACUAUCUUGAGAACUUAUUUAUGGAGAAAUUCAUGGAAGCUUUAUGACUUUAAAGUUGUUUGAGUUAACAUAUUAAUGAUUCUUAUCUGUGGAAAAAUAUAACGUUCCGUUGACAAGAAAAAAUAUUGGAACACAGUUGAAAGUGAAAUGUUUAUGCUUAAAAACUAAUGAGCAGAACCUACAUAUUACUAGUUAAACUGUUAUAUGUAAUUCAUGGGAAAAAACCUAGUAAUUCGUGUUGUGUAUUUGUAUGUUCAGAUCACCAUUUCAUUUGGAUUUGUAAUGUCGGAGGGUCAAAGGAUUGAGCUUUAAUUCAACUACAACACAGGAUUCAUGGAACCAUUUUACCAUUGACAUAACCAUGGCAACUAGUCCUUCAAAUAUUUCUGCCAUUUAUUUUGUUAUGAGGACAAUGGAUCAUUGUCAUGUAAAUUUGUAGAAUUGUAAUCAACAUUUUAUUGUUGGUAUAUUCUUUUCCAUCUAACUGAAGAUUUUAUUGUUUUUGAUCUAUUUUUGAUCAGACUUGAAUCAUUUCUGUCCCUUAUCAUUAUGUCAACCCACAAUGUUCUUGAGCCAUAAGUUGUGUAUCUUUGUCUGUUACCCUAUCACAUCAUUUUGAUACCAGACUCUAAGCUUUGUAGAAGUGUGUGCAUGUGGAUAUGAAUGUAUACUGCCAAGAUGCCUUAGAUUUUAUGUUUUUCUUUGUGUAUUCUGUAACAGUAUAUAGAUUUUGAUUCUUUCCAAAUACACACAAGUUCAUUUCAGAACCAUGUUAUUAUUCCAGAUAUAUUUCCUGCCACAUGUUAUUUUGAUUAUAAACCCUCUAUUUUGUCUACACAUAGGAAGCAUUUAAAGUUACUAUUGAAAGUAUUAAUAUACCUUGCACCAAUUUGUGAGUCAUUGUAUUUUAUUUAUCUUAUAAGACCAAAACGCAGGUUUAAAUAUGAUGAAUAAUUUUCAGUUAAACAUUGUAAUACUGUAAAGAAGCAAAUGUUUUUUUUUAAGAAACAAGUCAUAGAUAUGGAGUAUCUUUCAAAAAAAUAUGAAUGAAUUACAAAGUUUGAAGAAUUGAAGGCAUAAUUUGUAGUCUAUUUCAUGAACUAUGUUCUUGAGUCUAAUCUAAAUAGAACAUAGACCUACCAGGCAGAGCUCUUGAACUAAUUUAUUUAAAGGUCACAAUGAUACAGAUUACUUCAGCAUAGGAGAUUAGAGCUUUGAGAUGUUGCGCUAUCUACUCUUGCAUUGCAUCCUUUUUUGUUAUCAAGAGGGCAUAAGAACGUUGGCGUUAAAAUAAUGUUUCCUAUAUGACACUUAUGUUCUUACAUGCAACCUUAAUCAAAACAUUUUAAAUAGUUGCCUGAUGAAGAGCUUAAACCUUGUGUUAUUGUAAUGUCUGGGUCAAAUAUCAAGUUCAAAAUAUGGUUUAAGAGAUUUAAUCUUACAGACACAAUAGGUCCAAUCUUCAUUAAACAUCAUCUUAUGUCUUUUUGUUAGGAAUGCUGAACCCUAUUCAUUUUCAAGGUCACAGGUCAAGGUCAAGGUCAAGGAAACUUAAAUGCAAUUUUAGGGUUUACAUAGAUAUAAGAAAAUAAAAUUUGGAAUGAGUCUUUUUUCUACAGAUAUGAAUAAAGAGUAUUCUUUUUUAAGUUUGUAAACAACAAAAUUGAAAAAUUUAUAAUGGCAUCCAUCAUGGAUUUCUUGCUAUGGAACUAUUGAAGUUGCAAUGUUAUUUUUAGAAUUAUUGGUAUAUUUUAUUUAUCAAUUAUUCAUGGUAAGCUAUAAUCUCUUUCUGUUCAGACUCAUUUAUGGCUUUAAUUUGUAGAUCAUAUUUCUUUAGAUUUUUUCAUUUUCUAUUUGUUGUUCAGAAAAUAUUUUAUAUAUAGAGAGACCAAUUUUAGUGUUUUGUUGUUGUUUUUGUUUGUUUGUAUGUUGAACAAGAUUGAUGUUAUUUUUUUAAUUUUAGAAGCCAAUUUAUUAUCAAAAGUUAUUCACAGCUUAAAAUGAUAAAGAUUAUAAAGUUAAAUUGUUAAUUUAUUUGUUGAAAAAAUAAGAGCUAAAUGAGGCCUAUUUAUAUUUUUUGGUCCUAAACCAAAGUAGAUACAUGUAUUUUUGUGUCUAAACAAUGAAUACACAUAUUUUCCUAUAGAAGUAUUACUGCUUUCUUUGCUGUUAAGUUUCAUUAUUUAUAUAAAUAUCUGAAGCAUUCAGAUUUUCAUACCUUAUAAACUAAAUAUAUGUCAAAUGUCAAUUUGCAAACUUUUAAUUAAAAUGAAUUAAUCCGUAUUGCAGGAGUAGCUAAAUAAAACAGUAGUUAUUUUAUUGUACAGUCCAGCUUAUGCUUUUAAAAUAGUCUUAGAAAAAAGUCAACCAAUACAUUUAACAUGUAGUUUGUAGCAUUAAACUGUUUUAUCUGCUUAUUAUUUCAAAUGGUAGGUAUUCACCAGUGUUUGCGUAAUUAAUCUUAUUUUAGAGGAUUAUUUUUAAACAACAAGAACCAUGUUUGUUUAUUCUUUUGGAAUAAUUUUGAUACGAUCCCAUAGAAUAUUUUUACAUGUUAAGUUUUUGCUACAGGAAGUAUUAAUUUUAUAUUGUUAGGUUUGUUGUUAAAAUUGACAAUAACAUUUCAGAUGUUUUAGGCCCAGUAAGUUUUAUGACCAUAAACAGUUUUUUUUUAAAUUUGAUAUAUAUAUCUGCCUACCUCUUAAAUAGAUUUGUUUUUUUAAAGGGCACAUUCAUAUUGUUAAAUGUACACUGAUUUCAUUAUAUGAGCCUUAAUUUGAAUUAAUAGUAUGGUACUGCUGUUUUUCAUGAUUUGUCAUGUAAAUACUUUUGAUCUGGUUGACUGAUAGUCCAAAAAUGGUUCUUAAGAAAUAAUUAAAUGAUUUUAUUUUUUACUCUCUCACUAAUGGAAAACCUUAACUAUAAUUUAUUUGUGGUUACAGCUCUAACAGUUUCUGAGGUUUACAUGGAAAAGGGAAGCUAUUAUACAAGGUGUAGAAAUUUUCCCUCAAGUUUUGACAGAAUUUGAUUAUUAAACCUGGGAGGUUGGUUCUCUUCAUGAAAGCUUUCAGUAGCCAACUAAUAUGAACUUUCAAAUUUUCAGUCAACAUGUUUUAUAUAGUUUUAAUCCAGUUUAAAAGGGAUUGUGUCUCUAUGAAUCCCCUUGAUGAGGGAUUUAGAUGGAAUGCACCAAACACACUGUGGAACUGUUGUGGUUUCUUAACUGUAAUUGGCCAAAGGGACAGACAGUAGUUUCACUGUUGGGGGUCUUCAUGAUGGGGUUGUAUCAUUCUGCAUGCUGUGCCAUUGGUAACCCUUUAUUUCCAAAUUGUCAAAGGAAUUAUAAGUAUUAUUAAGAUAAUUCAAUUUGAAGCUGUUGAAUUUUGAUGUAAACAAAUUGUUUGAAAAAAAAUGUUUCAAAGCUCUCUGUUCUAUGUAUUAUGUGGCAUAGAUAUGUUUUUUUAUUUGUCAAACUAAUAUUACUCUGAAAUGUUUAUAACUACUUGCAGUAAUUGAUGAAUAAUUGUUUAUAAUGUUUAUUUGUGUUUCAUUUGUAUAUUGCCUUCUCAAUGCAUGUAAUCAUUCUAGUUUCAUUUCCUUAAACUUGAUGUUUUGAUACUGUAAUGUUUCUGAUGAAAAUGAAACUUGAUAGAAAAACUGUGUGAAAAAGGUUUUUUCGUUAUCUCUUUGAAUUUCAGUUUUUUUAUAUAUUUCAUUUUUUAAUUUUGUGAAAUUAUUUAAAUUUAGAUAAAUUACGUAACAUUUUACUGUGGAGAACAUUUGAAUCUGUUUAAGACCCAUUCAAGUACCAGUAUGCUCAAAAUCAUAAUAUGUGAAGCCGAAUAUACAAACACAUUACUGUAAGCAUUUCAAAAAGUUAUUAUUUUGUUGCAAAGCAGUGAAUAUAAGAAUUAUUUUUUUGUCACCUGGAAAUAGUAAAAUUAUUCAAUCCUUACAAUUUUAUGUUUUUUAUGAUGAAGAAAUAGGCUGAUAUUGUCUGACCACUUUGGCGAUGAAAAUAUCAUUUGUGGUGUAUCUAUGAUGUCAUUAACAUUUCGGAUAUUUUAUUCUAAAAAUAUGCAUUAAAUCAACAUUGCUGUUUCAAAGAAAAAAGUUAAAAAUUGUAGUGCAUAUUUAAGAUCCCAAAACUUGUCCACUUUUUACAAAAAACCUUGUUCAUAGUUUUACAUAUUGUCUUGUUUUUUUCUGAGUCCAGAAUGAGGACAUGUCUUGUUUAUUUUUAGUCCAGGAUAAGAACUUUAUUGGUUUUUUUAGGUGUGAUAUAAAAGUGCUAAAAUAUCCUAGGUUUGUAAAUAUUCUGUUUAUUUAUAUAUUUAUUUUAUUCUCAUCAGCAUUAUUACUAUUUCUGUUUAUAUCCCACAACAGUCUUCAUUAUGAUCCUUACUACGUAAUUUUCUUGUGCAGUUUAUUCUAUUAUUGUUAUAUUGAAUUACUUAUGAAAUGAGGCCUCUAAAAAAAAGUUGGAAAUUAGUAGAGGAAGAAAGUGAUUUUAUUUACUAGAGGAAGUUUAUAGUAGUUAGAAACAUAUUGGAACAUUCUGGUGGUAUGUGAUGAUAUAUUUAUUUUCUGUUAUAAGACUUUUUAUUAAAUGUUCUAAUAGCUAUCAAGACUUUAAAAGUUUUGUUAGAAUUUUACUCUUUAUGUUUGUGCAAUAAAAUAUUUUCUCAUAAUUCGACAUUAAAAAGACACUUUGCAAUCGUGAGCAUGCAAUCAAUGCAAUAUUUAACAUUCAUAUAUAAAUGAUCUUAGAUGAGAUAAGGUAAGAAAUGUAAAAUCUUUGUCCACAGGUAUAAUAUCUUUGUUGUUGACUGAAUAGUGCCAUCGUUUCUUGUCAGAUUUUCUACAAAUUUGAAUGAAAGUUUACUCUUAUCAGAAUUUGAGAUAUUUUUUUAUUUUGAUAUCAGAAAUGGUGAACUAUUAUUUGGGGAAGUGGAUUUCCAUAUUAUAUAUUGAUAUAGCGACAAGGGGUAUAUGGGCUUCCUCAUUAAAAUUCUAUCAUUAUGUAAAACUGGUAAUAAUUUUGUAUCAAUUGGUUUAACUUCUCUAGGCACUUAGCUUUGUUUUGAUUUAAAUGUUUUAAUUACGGUAGAGUUUUAAUUUAAUUCUAGUGAUGGACCAAACAAUAUGUUUCUAAAGAUAACCAACAGUCUCAUGAAACACAACAAACUUUUUUUGCUACUAAGUAAGUCAGAAAAAAAAAACAAAUUAAGUGUAUAUUAGCAAAUAUCUAGUUCAAAACAUUUUAGUUUGUUAUUUACAGCUAUAUUGGUAGAAAAAUUCUUGUUUAUUUUGUAUGUUAGUGAUGUUACAAAUUUUAUAUUUUUCAUUUCAAGCUUUUUGCAUUUGUGUGAAAGAAUGAGAAAUAAAUGUGAUAUUUGUAGAA